UCUGUUUCACUUUCUGGAGCCAGUUGAUAUAUAUAAAAAACUUUUUUCCUGGAAUACCCCUUUAAGGACCUGUUUACGCUGUGUUGCACAGGGUUCUAUCCUGAAGGUGAUGCUUCUUGGGGAUGAUUUUUGUGUAAUAAUAUCUCAGCUUUUCUUUUUUUUAAGGGGUUCAUACAGAAUCUAAGCAAAACAAAGUUCAUGUGACAUAUAAGAUACUGCUGCAGUAUGGACUCCUGUGGAUCCAGGCCUUAGUGUUGCAUCAGUGAAUAGUGGGUGGUCUGAUCGGGGUUUAGAGAUUCUAGGUAUACACCUCUUCAUCCUGGCGCUGACACCCCUUAAAAUCAGUUUAAAUGAGAAUGUCCCUGGCGCAGAGAGUGCUGCUGACAUGGCUCUUCAGCUUACUGUUCCUGAUCAUGCUGGUGCUGAAGCUGGAUGAGAAGGUUCCCUGGAGCUGGUUCAUCAUCUUCAUCCCCAUCUGGAUAUUUGAUACCAUUUUAAUAGUUAUGUUAAUUGUAAAGAUGGCAGGACGGUGUAAAUCUGGAUACGACCCCAGAAAUGGAGCUCAGAAUAUGAAGAGGAAGUCUUGGUAUCUUACUGCCAUGCUUUUGAAGUUGACAUUUUGUCUUGUCCUGUGUGCCUUGCUGGAUAAUUUCACCAGCAUGUUACUAUGUCUCGUAUUUAUUCCAUUGUGGAUCCUGCUCAUUGGAGGACUAAUUGAACUGGGAUAUAAUGUGUUCUAUGUGAGACGUGACUAGCCACCAGACAAGGUAGCCACUGGGUCGUGUCAUGUGACCUGCUGGGUUACCCAAUGUCUCAUCAUCACCAUGAACUGUACAGUAUGUAAAUAAACUAUGUACAUUGAUGUAAUUCUGACUUCUAUGUUUUGGAGACUGUGUCAUUCGAUUAAUGGUGCCCUGAGGGCAUCAUAUACAGAGACGCUGAAGAGAAACUCAGCCCUUCUCCUGACAUCCUCACUGAUAAUGGGCUGCACAGUAGUCCUCUCCAUUAUGUACACUUGCUUCAUAGUCCGUUACUGAUGAGGACGGGCUACCUCUGCCCACCAGCUGCUUACAGAUAGCUGCCAAUUAGAGGCUAGUGGUUUGAGUGGCAUGGCACUCAUUCUCCAUUAUAUAUCAGGACCAUGGCUACACGGAGUGAUGUAUGCAAUACAGCCUCUUCGUCACUAGUUUACACUGCCCUCAGAUAGGGCUGCAUAAAUACAGUGACAAAUUCACUUUAAGCAUUGAAUUUUUACGGAUCUGUUUUUAAAGCAAUUCUUUAAGGGGGUGUCAGGGUUUAGGAAAAGGGUCUGCUUUUUUUUUUUUUCUAGAAACAAUGCCACCCUUGCCCAUAGUUUGUGUCUGGUACUGCAGCUCAUCCCCAUUCAAGUCAUCGUAAGCAGAGCCUUAUCAGGGUAAGUAAACAGCAGGAGCAGAGAGCCAGCAGUGGCCUGGGAGAGGUCAGCAUGUAGUAGUUCGUGUUUUUAUUUUUUAUUUUUUACAGACUUAACACCUAUUAUGUUUUAAUAAAAUUGCAAUAUUUUUUGAAGUAAUGCCCUGUCUGUUUAAAUCUUAAAGGGGUAUUUUCAUACCAGGUAAAAUAAAAAUAAAUUCUGCAGUACCAUAUAUCAUUGCUUACCUGUCUGCCUCAGUUACAAAACAUUCGUUUUUGGGGUUUGUAGUGUCUUUUGCCUAUUAUGUCCUUACUCCUUUCUGGUUGAGCAGCUGCUGAGAACUACAAUCCCUGCCUACUCCCCUCCCAUUGCACUCCUGCCAGCUUUCCACCAAGAGCUGCUGCAGAACAUUGCAUAACACGGCAGACUCUCUCCACACAGCAAAUCUACAAAAGCUGCUGUAUUUAUUCCCAGUCUGUUCCUCUGCAUGUGGCAUUGUGCAGCACAAGGCAGCAUGCUAUGAUAAAUGAAGAUAUAUGUUUCAUGAUUAAGGCUGAAUACCGUGACCGAAAUGCGUUACUUUGUACACUGUCCAUGUCUGUUUGAUCCGUAAAUAAAGAAUAUCUCAUUGAGCCUG